AUGGAUGCCGCCAUUGGUCUAAUGCCGCGGGCCAUGCUCCGGAAUGCCAGCACGGCCGUGAUGAAGAUGAGGGCGGUUGCAGGUCAUGCAACCCGGGCCAUUUCGAGAAGCUCCAUGGCAGGGCGAGCAACAAUUGCAAGACAAGAUAACGAAACAUCGUCCAUCUUCACGGGCCGACAUCCUGCAACUCCUGGGCCGUUGAACAGCAGCUGUAACCCUUUUAUUUUCCGCCAAUGUUUUGCGUCUGUCGCAUCAAAGUUCGUGUCGUGGCCACCUGCCAAUUUAGUCGGUGUUGGCGGUGUUGCUAUUCCUACGCUAGACUUGCAACGACCCAAAAAGGGACCACCUGCAAGACCCCACCACGCCCGCUUACAACAACUUCACCACACCCAACGGCAACGGUCCAGGACCUCUGCCAGGAACACUGCCUCCCCUGUCUCCUCUCGACACUUCUCAACCACCCCGACAGCUGCCUGCAACGCCAUCAUCCCCUCCUCCAUCAUGGCCGACCGCGACAUUCUCCCCGCCACCGUCAAGCCGUCUCACUAUGAUCUCUCAAUCUCGGCCCUCAACUUCAAGGAUUGGUCCUACGAAGGAAGUGUGACCAUCGAUGUUUCUGUUGCGGAACCGACCAAGGAGAUCGUUCUCAAUGCACUUGAGCUGAAACUGCUCAAAGCCGAGGUCACCGUAGAGCACACAAAGUCCACCCAGUCCUUGCAAACCGCCACCUUUAGCUACGAUGAGAAGAAGCAGCGCGCAACCCUUCAGUUCACCGAGGACAUUCCCGCUUCGCAAAAGGCCACCCUGCAGAUCAGCUUCCAGGGCAUCAUCAACAAUGACAUGGCCGGCUUCUACCGGAGCAAGUACAAGCCUGCCGUCACUCCCGCCGCAUCAGUACCCAGGGAUGAUACCUUUCACUACAUGUUCAGCACCCAAUUUGAAGCCUGCGAUGCUCGCCGCGCCUUCCCUUGUUUCGACGAGCCUCGCCUGAAGGCUACCUUUGACUUUCAGAUCGACAUCCCGGAUGAUCAGGUCGCCUUGUCGAACAUGCCCGUCAAGGAGAUAGUUCAGACCAAGCCGGGAUUCCAGAAGGUGUCCUUUGAACGAACACCGCUCAUGAGCACUUAUCUGCUUGCCUGGGCUGUGGGAGACUUCGAAUAUGUUGAAGCCUUUACUGAACGACGGUACAAUGGGCAACAGAUUCCUGUGCGCGUGUACGCUACUCGGGGUCUGAAAGAGCAAGGCCGAUAUGCCUUGGAACAUGCCCCCAAGACCAUUGAUCUCUUCUCGGAAAGCUUCGGUAUAGACUACCCCCUCCCAAAGGCCGACCUGCUAGCUGUCCACGAAUUCACCCAUGGAGCCAUGGAGAACUGGGGUCUUGUUACCUAUCGCACAACUGCGGUACUCUUUGACAAGAAUACUUCCGACGCGAGAUACAAGAACCGUGUCGCAUACGUUGUUGCUCAUGAGCUGGCUCAUCAAUGGUUCGGCGACCUCGUCACUAUGGACUGGUGGGAUGAACUCUGGCUCAACGAGUCCUUCGCUACCUGGGCUGGCUGGUACGCCGUGAAUAAAUUCCACCCCGACUGGCAAGUUUGGGCCCAGUUCGUCAACGAAGGAAUGGAGGACGCCUUCGGGUUGGACGGAAUGCGUGCUUCUCAUCCUGUUCAUGUCCCAGUCCAGGAUGCUCUCGACGUAAAUCAGAUAUUCGACAGUAUCAGCUACCUCAAAGGAUGCUCCACACUGCGAAUGCUGGUGAACCAUCUUGGAGAGAAGAACUUUCUCAAGGGUGUUGGCGCAUACCUCAAAAAGUCUGCUUACGGGAAUGCCAAGACUGAAUAUCUCUGGCAGGCCUUGAGCGAAGCAUCGGGAGAGGAUGUGAACGGAUUAAUGAGCAACUGGAUCGAGAAGAUCGGCCAUCCGGUGUUAACCGUGGCCGAGGAACCUGGCCAAAUCUCGAUCAAGCAAAACCGCUAUCUCUCUACCGGGGAUGUCAAGCCCGAGGAGGACCAGACCGAAUGGUGGGUACCCCUCAGUCUGCAGGGAAAGGUUGGGCAGCAAGGUAUCCAUAACUUGACUCUCACGGCUAGAGAAACGACCAUCCGAGACAUUGACGACGAAUUCUACAUGCUCAACUCCAAUGCCACUGGCUUCUACCGAACCAACUAUCCUCCGGCUCGCCUAACAAAGCUCAGCACUCAACUCGACCGGUUGAGCAACGAAGACAAGAUUUCCAUCAUUGGCUCUGCAGCCGACUUGGCAUUCUCCGGUUACGGCACGACCCCAGCGCUUCUAUCAUUCAUUGAAGCAUUUAGAAACGAGACAAACCACCUGGUAUGGACCCAAGUUCUAGACUCUCUAAGCAGGGUCAAGACCAUCUUCGGCGAUGAUGAGACCAUCAAGAAGGGUCUGGAGAAAUUCGCUUUAAAGCUUAUUAGCAAUGCGGUAGAGAAGAUCGGCUGGGAGUUCUCAGACAGCGAGGAUUUCCUGACUGGGCAGCUGCGCAAGAGGCUUUUACUAAAUGCAGCCGCCAAUGGCCACCCAGAGGUAACUGAAAAGGCCAUGUCGAUGUUUGAUGCCUGGGCUUCGCAAGGAACUAGCAUCCAUCCGAAUCUGAGAACCGUUGUCUACCGCACCGCCAUCAAGACCAAACCUGCCGAAGCAGUCAAAGCUCUGAAGAAGGAAUGGUCGACCGGCACCUCGAUCGACGGCAAAGUCCUCUGCCUGUCUAGUUUGGGCCAUGUCCGUGACGCCGAGCUCAUCAAGAAGUCCCUUUUCCCUUUCCUCUUCGAGCCGUCGCCCCCAGCCCCGGCUUCAGACUCCGUACCGUCCGGCGAUAUGCACUCUCUUGGCGGCUCUCUAGCACGGAACUCGCUCGCUCGCCCGAUGCAAUGGGACUACAUACAGCACAACUGGGAAAAGCUCACGACCAAAAUGGCAAAUCCGGUUGUUCUGGACCGCUUCGUCAAGACCUCACUCAGCAAGUUCACGGAUGCCAAGUACAUUGAUUGGAUCGAUGCAUUCUUCGCGGACAAGGACACCAGCAGCUUCGACCGCACCCUCGAGCAGGUCAAGGGCGCCAUCCAUGGACGGGCUGCCUACCGUGCGAGGGAUGGUGAGGUCAUCAAGGAGUGGUUGGGCGCCAAUGGAUACAUGUCUACAGAGUAA